UUCACUUCUCAUUAUUGAGCCUUUGGGAAUGGGGUCCAAGAAACACAAGAAACACAAAUCAGACAAAAGAGAUCGAUAUGAAGAUAAACAAUUUGGAGUUGAAAAACCGCCAGCACUUAAGCUAAUCCUGAAGGUUGGUAGCUCAUCGACUCCUGAACACAGUAGCGAUUCUCCAGGUCCAUCAAUUCCUCUAGUGCACUCGAACAACUAUAGUGUCGCUCCAACAACAGGCGACGAAGAGUCGAGACAUUCAGCGGCAUCGUUACAUGGGAGAGAGGAAUCACACAUAGAAAGACAGCACAAGAAAGCCAAAAAGAAGAAAAAGAAAAAAGAAAAGGAUAAAGAUAGGGAAAAACAUGAAAAGAAACACAAACAUCAUCAUAAGGAGAAACGUAAGCGACCCCGUGAUGAAUCAAGCCAGGAUGACAUCAGCAUGGGUGAGGAAUCACUCUCUGAUCCACCUCUUCCAAAGAGGGUGACUGGAGAUGUAAAUAACUGUAACUUGAAAUCGAGUAUUGUAGGAGAAGGCAUGCAAAAUCAUGGCAUACCUGGAGAUAGUUUACACCUUCAGCAUCAUUCUGGCCAAGUUCCCAUUGGCAUGAUUGGAAUUUCUCGUGAACCACGGUCAUGUGUGCUACGUCAACGGCAAGAGCGCUCUCCUCUUCAAAAGCUUUUGGACUACCUUCUGAAAGGUUUAGAGAAGAGAGAUCCACAGCAGUUUUUUGCAUGGCCAGUUACAGAUCACAUUGCACCAGGCUACUCUCAGAUCAUACAUCAGCCAAUGGACUUCAGCACCAUGAAGCAGAAGAUUGAUGAAAAUCAAUAUUCAUCUCUUAAUGAAUACAUUGAAGAUUUUAAAUUGAUGUGCAAUAAUGCCAUGGUGUACAAUCAUCCCGAGACAAUCUACUAUAAGGCUGCAAAGAAGCUUCUUCAUGUUGGGGUUAAAAUGAUGAGCCCUGAUAAGUUGAAGCCACUCCAUUCUGUUUUGACAUAUAUGGGAGAAUUAACACGUGAUGAGCUUGGAUUUGAUUUGGGCUUUGAAGAACUAGUCCAGGUAUCUGGAAGUGUGAAUUCAGAAACACCAGAUGAUCAGACUGUUGGAGAAGAAGGUGAGGAGUCAUUGUUAGAGCUCCGCAGAGAACACAGGAGAAAGCUGAAGGAAGCCAAUAGACCACUUGGUAAAUUUGAAGCGGUACCAGAUGAUUUGACCCCAGAGGAAAUUCUUGAACAAGCCCAGAGAGCAGCUGAGGCAGCUGCUGAGAGGCUGACCCUGAAGAGACCAAACACAAAUCUGGGUUUCUUGAGACAGCGUAAAGAUGGUAGCACAUCUUUAUCAAUCCUUGUCCCUGGUGAUGGUGUAACACCAGGGACCAAUGAACGACCCAUCUCAUUAGGAAUGUUGACUGGGAAACUCACACAUGGAACAGGACAGCUGCAAGGGUUCCGGGAGGACAGGCGGAAUCUUGCUAAGACUGUUAAACCAUUGUAUUAUGGUGCUUUUGGCUCUUAUGCACCUUCUUAUGAUUCUACGUUUGCAAAUUUAACAAAAGAGGAAUCAGAUCUAGUAUACCAAACUUAUGGAGAUGAAACAUGUGUUCAAUAUGCUGAAAGCAUUCUGGAUUUCUCCAAGGAUUGUGACUACACUCUCACAAUGGUAGAUAAUUUACUGGAUCUGCUGACAGGUGGUGAGCAUCGUAAGACAAAGCGUGUAUUGGAAGAGAGACGGAAGUUACGUGAGGAAGAAGAACGAAUUAGACAGCUACUGGAGGGAAAGCCAGUUUCUUUGCAAGGAAUGUCUGAUGACAAGAUACAUUCAGUGUCUUCCUUUCCUCCAGAUAUUAAAGUUGAUUUUGGGGCCCUGAAGUCACUUUCUGAUAUUGGUAUUGAUAUGAAAUUCCUUGAUGUUGUUGAGCAAGAAAUACAAGUGAGGGAAGAACAGAGAGCAGCAGAGGAAGCAAUGCAAGUCCGCCUGGACCAAACAUCUGUAUUGCUGCAGAAGUUACAACAAGUUCAAAGCGAUCGGCUAAGUCUUACUCCACCAGCUCAUUUGUCACAUGUUGCCCAGCCAUCCGAUAGUGAAAUUCAGCUUGCUGAGAAAAUCACAGAAAGUCUCAAAGAUAUGGCCAAAAAGGUGGACCCAGUUGUCGUUGCCCCAGUUUCAGCACUUAGGAAGGCCAUGGGAAUAUUACCUGGAACCUCAUCCCCUGCAUCCCCAGCUGAGGUAGUUGGUGCUGAGACUUCACCUGUAGAAAUAGGGCAGGAGGAUGGAGAACAGAGACAGAAUUCUGCUAGUAAUACAACUGAUGGCAUAACAUCUACUUGUACCAAUGGAGCACCAAAUGCUGCAACUGCCGAAGUGUCUAGCAUACUUAACGAAUCUGUGCCAAGUGAGCCAAUGGUGGAUGAGGUUGAUGUUGAAGGCACUUCUUCACAAGCAGAAGCAGAGGAAGAAGCUGGGGAGGUAGGAGAAGUGCCAGAUCUUGAGUCAGAACUCCGAGAAUUCUUAGAAAGUGAACCUGCUCUUAGCAAUUCGCCACUGCAAGAUGACAGGACUAUAGAGGAGAUACUUUCAGAGUCAUAAGAGAAUUGAGUACAUCAUUGAACUUAUUCCAGUGCACACUGUACUAGUUUUUAUGUCUGUUAUCUUAUUUUUGUUGUGCAUAUUUUACAUUAAUGACUGCCAGUGAUUUUUGUUUCAAACCCAGAGAAGUGGUCCAUGAUGUGGGCAGACAUUAAUUGCUGAGAUGACGGAGCCCAGGUUGUCAGAAUAAUGAAGAAACUUACCUCUCCCAGUUGAUUACUCAUCAGAGUAAUCAUUCCACCCAAGCUUUUUACAUCAAAAUUGAGUGUUGAAUAGUGUUACCUGGCAUUCGUUACUUUAUUACUAACAUGUGAAUGAUGGUGAAUUUUUAAUUUCCAUUAUAAUCAUUGAUUGAUCCUUUGCCCAUUCCAUUUAAUAUACCAAUGUGUGGUGCUAUAAUAUCAAUUUUUCCCCAAGUAUAUAAAUUUUAAAUGAGAUUGUACCAUUUUCUGCUACAAUGGAAGUGGCAGAGUCCCUUUAUUUUUAUUACAUUUUGCUACAUUAGGAGGAGCAAAGGGUUUAUUAACAAAGUUUUGUGUUAUUUCUGAAGAAACUUCAUCAUUCCAGAGGCACUUUGGAAGUUAAGUCCUCUGAAAUGCUAAAAGUUUCCAUCUGAAUAUUUGAGAUUUGCUGGGGAAAGACAUCCCAUAAAAUGAAGGAUCACAAUGCUACAGGAUGUGCCCAUUUAUGUUGGCAGUGGAAGAAUGCCUGUUGCCUGUUCUACAUCUUUUACUUCUUUUACUUUCUGUCAGAUAUUUUCAUAUGCAAACAACAGAGCACUGCAUCUGCAUGUUUUAGUAUAUGGGAUGUUCCACAAGAACAUACAAGAUCUCUGAAUGUUUUAUGGAACUGUAUGUAAUCUGUGUGGCAGUUAGAACCCAGCCACAUAAUUGAAAUUGAACUAGAAAUGUGCAGGCUUAAACAGGGCUGUUAUCCUGACAUUAGAAUUAUUAGUGGAAGUCCAUCUUCACCUUGACAUAGAAAGUAUUAAAAACCUACUUGUACCAAAAUAUGAUGUUAUAAAAGGUUUUGUUAGCAUUUCAGUAAGUUUAUUGGGAUGUUUCCUACACACUAUUUUUCUUUGUUGUGUUAUGUUCUGUGGGGAUGUACUUCAGUCACACAUGUAAGUUACUUCUAUUUCUAAAUACAUGCAAAAAUUUUCAGAGUUGGGGUGUCAUACAUGCACAAUUGCCUAAUAAACAUUCAGUUUUUUAGAAUCUA